AUGGAUGAGUAUUCUCGUGUCAAAUCUACAAAACUAGUUUUAAAAGGACAGAACAGGGGAAAGAAGAGAAAGAACAAGGAUAAGAAAAGAAAAGCAGAAGACGGCGCAGACAAACUGGAUAUUGUUGGUGGCUGGUGGGCAGUCAAGCGAUUUGGGGAAAUCACUGGGACAAUUGCCAUAGAAAUGGAGAAUAAUUCUUACGUUCAUGCACUCGACACAGGACUCUUCACACUUGGAGCGCCACACCCAGAUGACGAAGGACCCGAUCCUCCAGAGCAGUUUACCGCCAUUAAACUUUCCGACACGAGGAUUGCUCUUAAAUCCGGAUAUGGGAAGUAUAUGGGGGUGAACUCGGACGGUUUGGUGGUGGGCCGCUCUGAUGCCAUCGGCGCUCGGGAACAGUGGGAGCCAGUGUUUCAGGAUGGUAAACUGGCUCUCCUGGCUUCCAACAGCAGCUUCAUCUCCUAUAGCGAGAGCGGAGACAUCGAGGCCAAGAACAAAGCAGCAGGGGAGAGCGAGAUGGUCAAGAUUCGAACCAACACGGAGAGGGAGGUAAAGCAGAAGGAUGACCUGGCAGAUGAAGACCGGGGGAAUGUCAAGUCCUGUGAGCUCAAUUACGUGAAGAAGUUUCAAAGUUUCCAGGAUCGCAGACUCCGAGUCAAUGAAGAAGAUUCCACCACGUUAAAAAAGGCCCGAGUGGACGGGAAGUUUCACGAGGCUCUGCUGGACAGGAGAAGUAAAAUGAAAGCAGACAGGUACUGCAAGUGA